AUGGACCCAGUCAAGUACCCCUACCUCCCGCAUGGUCAGUCGCCGUAUGUUUCUCCGCCUGCUCAAUCCCCGGAGAGCCAGCAGUCGCAGUCGCCGCCACCUUAUCAAUCAGUUCAGCCUCCCUACAAUCCGGCCUCAUCUCCACCGCUUGUGACCUCGAAGCCGCAAGCCCCUAAGCCGCCAGCUCCAAAGCCGCCGCUGGCCACCGACUACAAGAUCACCGUUCGAGGGCGAGUCAAGAAGUUUGCCAAGCAGUUCGCCAUUGAUAUCGUUUCCGGAGGACACAUUCUCCUGCACAUGAACGUGCGUUUCGGCUAUUUUGGCGACAUUACCGUCUUCAACUCGUACACCAACUCUGAGUGGGGCCCCGAGGAGCGUCGCAACUUUAUUACCCUCAAGCGGGGCACCUUCUUUAGCAUUACCAUUGAAUCGCGGGGUGGCUUUUACUUUAUCGACGUCAACAAUGGCGAAAAGUACACCUACGUAAAGCGUUUUCCUGAGGGACCGACUCGCGAGUUGAAGAUCAGCAAGGUGGAAGAUAAUGACGUGAGCAUUACCGGCUUUGAGAUUGCUCCCUUUUAA